AUGCAAGUGAUAUCACGAAAUUUUUCUAUAAUUAUAUUAGGUUUAGCUUCUUUAUUAAGAGCCGACGAGGAUGCCAAAAUUGAAGCAACUGAGACGAAAACUGAAGGGAGUGAGGUUGCAGAGGGUAGGACUGUAGCUUCUUAUGACUAUUCAUUCAUAGAACUUGCAGUAUCUCCAAAAUCUGGUAAUACCAAUGAAGAUGCGGUUUCAACUGUUAAAGAUGACGGUAUUCUUACUAUAGAUGAUAUUAUAAAAUAUAGUGAAUCGAAUAAUCUAUAUAAAAAUGAAAACACUCUACGUCGCUUUACAGCAUAUCUAAGGGAUCCGUCAGGUGAUGAAGUUUACAAGCCUGCUCAACUUAAUAUUGAUUCCAAGGACACCAACCAAGAAAAAAGUGCUAAAGAAAAAGAAAAAGAAGCAGAAGAAUCUCCAACAGAAAAAGUAACAUCUUCAGAUGAGACAAGAAAUCCCCAUGACAAUGAAACAACCAGCGAAGAAAGUAAAUUGUCAACAGAAAAGGCGCAAAAUGUAGUAGAGACUAAAUUGUCACAAGAAAGGGAACAAAAUGAAUUAGAAAGUAAGAUGUCAAGUGAAAAAGAUAAACAUGUAGAGGAAACAAAAACAACCCAACCCAUCAAUAAUGAAACAUCAAGAAAAGCGGAAAAUAAAGAAGGCACCCCGUAUACAAAAACACCUACCACUGUGAAAACGACCACUAAAACUAAACGAAGAACUACAUCGAUACCAAAAAAACUUUCAUCAGUUGAUGACUUAGAUGAUUUACUGUAUCCCUACGAGAUAGGCAAAUUUAGAAAAAACUACGAUGAUGAUGAAGAUUAUUCCAGCUCUAACGAACAAGAACAACCUGAAGUUGAUGUUCUUGAGACUCGUUUUAAUAGAAGAAUGUUUGAUUCCGUCCCCAUUAUAGAUACCAAAGGACGAACUCAGACCGUAGAUAUAUCGGUACCAACUUUGCAAACCAUAACAACUCCUAGACCGUUUACUGCAUCCAGAGCACCAGUCACCAGUAACACCUUUUUCCCGUCACUUAUUUUGACGACAAGAGCUCCAAUACUGUCUACAACAACAUUGAGGUCAUUUAGUGUGCCCCAGUAUAUUUACAACAAGCCGACAACUGUUUUGCAGAAUGUAACACCACUACCUAAUAAUUCUCCCAAUAGAUGGACUCGGCCACAAGAAAUAUCUAAUAUCAUUCCCAAUGGAUUUGUAAAUUCACAGGAAAAUGGUCACCUUAGACUUACUAAUUCACGAGAGACUUUAACUGAUACAUUUAGCCACGCCCAAGAAGUGCUUAAUUACCAGCAUAGAUUUGUCAACCCACAAGAAAUACUUAAUAAUCCAAUUAGAACAAGCCAUCCUCAAGAGAUGCUAAAUAACCCUACCAGAAUGAGACACCCACAAGAAUUACAUAAUCCUUAUCUUCAUCCGCGAAGAUAUUUCUCGCCAAUUACAAAUCGAUGGACCUCACAAGAAAUGUUCGAUAUUCCUACGAGAUUUUUACCAUCCCAAGAUAUGAUAAAUGUUCCAAACAGAUGGAGACCAUCAGAGGAAAUACUAGACUCAACGGAAUAUCAAACAAUUGAUGCACCGGAAGAUUCAGCAGAUGCUAAUGCAUAUCCAUACGUGCCACCCCAUAGAAAUAAAAUGACGGAUUCUAGUAUACAUUAUCAAAAUGCUCCAUCUACUGAGCAUGAAAUAAGACCUGUAGGGGUUCAAGUGGCUGAACCUACUUUAAACCCUAGUUUAAAUUUACCUGACCCUAAUAUGAAUCCAGUUCUAAGAAAACUAGCUCAAGCGUCACACAUUCCUCAAACACCACAGUACAUGCCAAUAUAUUUGGAUUUCUUCCGAUAUCCAGAAAUUAUAUUACCUGACAAUAUGGGAAAGAGAUAUCACUGUGAUUAUUGUGACAAAAGUAUGGUAGCAACACCAUCAAUUAUAAGAACUCACAGAAAGGGUUCGGUGCAUCAAAAACUUGUUAAUGAUCAUUAUAAACAAUACAAAGAUCCAGAAACUAUACUAAGGGAAGAGAGUGGUAAGAAACCGUGUUCUAGAUUUGCAACAGGGCAGUGUCCCUUUGGCAGUAUUUGCCGAUAUUCACAUUAUACACCGCAGGAGCUUAGUGUUUUAAAGAAUUAUGUUGCCCAAAAAAGUAUGCAGGAAAUAGAACAACCACAACCACAGUCACUUGGGGAUCUCUAUGAGAAACUUAUAACGGACACAUCUACAAAAGUUGAGAUGGAAAAAAAUGAAAGUGUCCUCUAUGAUACAAACGGACUAGCACAUAUUAUGCCAUGGUCCUAUAACCCUAUGUUUGACAAAUAUGGAGAAAACUUGCCACCCAGCCUAAGAAGGCUACAAGCUGAGAAUUUUGCUGCAGCAAACAUCACACAAUGGGGUUGA